UUUUGCCAACCUGAUCAAAAUUUAGGAAAACAAUAACAAUGCGUUUUGACAGUUCGCAGCUGUGUAUCGUUGGAUUGUUUUCUGUUGUGGAACUUUAUGCCGUAUUUGUGUAUUUAUUACUUUACUGUGCUUAAAAAGUAAAGAAAAAGCUAUAAUUUUUAAUAGGUUUCCGUUUUCCUUCAAUAAUCCACAUUUUUUCAACAUGAUCAAGAUUUCUUCAUUUUGUAAAGUGGUAAUCACUUAACAAAACGGAGAAUGGAUCCGUCGAUUGACAAUGAUUGGCUUGGUAUCAAGAAUGACCCCCUCGAAGAAACUCAGUGUGUUGGUAAUGUGGCAAGAAGCUGGCAGUGGCGGGAGCAUGGCAUUAAUCCCCCACACAGCCAGCCCAACAAAACAGUACUCGAAAACAUUGCUGAAGACAUCUUAGUUCGGAAACAACUUAAAAUUCGAUGUUGUGAUUUGCCAGGUUAUCCAAGAUCAACAUUUUUGAUGGUUUUUAGUCCUGAUGGGACUAAAGUGGCAUCAACUCAUGGUAAUCACAAUGUGUAUGUAUCAGAGCUAGCUAGUGGCAAGCACGUCAGAAUACUGAAGGGACACCCCCGAACACCGUGGUGUAUUGCAUUCCAUCCAUCGCACCCACAAUUGAUUGGAUCUGGCUGCCUCGGAGGUCAAGUGAGGGUGUGGGACAUCUCCAGAGGUGGCAGUGAAGUUUGGAAUGUGCGGAAUGAGACUGUGAUAGCAUCAAUAGCUUUUCAUCCUAGAGAACAGCUAUUGGUGAUAGCAACAUACAAUGAACUUUAUUUCUGGGACUGGAGCCGACCUAAACCAUUCACCAAAGUUUCGACUAAUAAUGUCAAUGAAAAAGUUAGAUAUGUAGCAUUUGAUGCACUCGGCUACAAAUUAAUAACAGGUAUAUCGCUAUGGUCCAACCCUAGUGGGGGAGCGCCAACGGUACUGCAAUCAAAUGGGACUUGGACUGAUACGACGUCGCCUAACAAUGCUAACAACUCUCGCAGAGAUGACUUUGAUGAAGCUCCUGGGAGUAGCAGGUCUCAAGAAAGCUCGGGAUCAGCACAAGAUAUGAUUGUUAAUUCAUACCAAAACUUAGUACAAAGAUAUGAUAGUUUGGUAAGGAAUUACCAAAGACUAUUCAUGGUGAGGCAUCGACUCACCAACACACCACCUCCACCAAAUAUGAUUGAUCGAGGUACUGAUCCUAUGGAAACUGAUGCAUCACCAAGUACAUCAGGCUGGUCACGGUCGACCCGACCGUCAACAUCUGCAGAGCGAUCUGACAACGCUAAUCCAACUCCCGGACCUUCACGUCGGCAAGAUGGCGGCGAUAGUGGUGAUGGAGAAGGGAGUAGCAGUCGUUUAUUAAAUCUAGAUGUAUUGACUUUCGACAGUAAUCCCACCAGGAAUGAAGACAGUACUCCAGAAAAUUCCACAUUUGGAUCAAGAGCCUCGCUUUUUCAGCGCUUGAAUGAAUCGGGUCGUUCUUUUAGGACAGUUGAUCAGAAUGAACGUAUAACUAGACUUUUACCUAACCCAUUUUCAUCUACUCUAGGUAGAUCACAAACAAGCAGAACAACGACGACUGAUAAUCCUAGUGAUUCCAAUGCAAAUACACCUACUACGUCCAGGACUAGUAUUUUUACAUCUUCAAGGCGUCCAGAGCUUCUGCGUCGGCGGCGUAAUUCCUCGCCUUCGCAACACAGCCCUCAUUCAAAUAUAAAUAAUGAUGCAUCCCCCUCUAAUAACGAUUCUCCGUCUAUUUCAACGCCACGUCCAUCAACUUCUCAAUCUAGCAUUCCUGAAAGCAUGCCAUCUACAUCUCGAGGGUCGGCCCGGCCAACAAUGACGAAUUCCUCUACUCAAAUGAGUCCCUCCCCUGUUGAUGCUCAGACUAUAAAUGAGAGCCUCGACUUGAUACGGGACAUAUUGAGAGACUCCGGUACACGAUUAUUAAAUCUAAUCACGAACAUGUCCUUAUCGACCCUGGCUAGCGUGGAACGUAAUAUGCCUCGCCGUACCGGCUCGCGUGCCUACUCUGAUGAAGGUGACAGCACCCGGUCUACUCCUAGGGUAGGGAUGCGACCGGCACGCUUGCGACUUUUGAAUUCAAGCAUGCCUCGAGAUAUUUUUUCGUCCAGUUCAGAUUCCGAUAGUGAUCAAUCUCUUGAAGUGAGUAUUUUUAGGACUCGAAAUUCAUCGUUUCGUGAAGAUGAAUCACGAGAAAACGAAGAUCAAUCGAACAGCCCAUCUGAUUCGCCUGAUUUGCGUCUAAGUCCGACCGACCGUAUGGUGAUCGAGUUGACCGCUGAUCUACAAGCCGACGAACUAACUCGUGGUGGUGCUUAUACUAUGGCAAUGGCAAGUGGUAGAUUCCGCGUUCGGUCAAAUAGUGAUGACGACGAGGACGAUCCACAGCCAUCGACCAGUGGAACUACUGAGGAGAGAAACGAAGCGUCCACAAGUUCCCGUACUCAAAAUAACUCUACCAAUAGCACUCAAAAUAACUCUACCAAUAGCACUCAAAAUAACUCUACCAAUAGUACUCAAAAUAACAAUAAUUCAGAAAGACCUUCUACAAGUCGUGACACUUUUUGGGUUAGAGGUGGUCAGCUCACGCUCCCUCCGCAUGAAGCAUAUCGCAAAGUAAGGAUCGGGGUUAAUGCUUUGCAGAAACAUACUUUACAGCUCACGAAUAUGUGGUUACGGGGAACUCGCGUAACUAUGAGAGAGCUAAGAAACAUGUGGGAAAAUUUGCGUCGGCGGGUUUUGAUGCUUCAUAGAGAGACUGGCAGGAAUGAUAUACCCAGUUAUUAUACCAGAUCUUUGUUAGAGCGUUGUAUGAUGUUGACUGAAAUGGCUGAGAAUGUGUCUCGCACGACAAGGUCGCCUCGUGCUCCUCAAAGAAGUGAAGGAAGUGAAAAUCCCGAGGGAAGUCGUACUGCACCUGCGAGCGAUGAUACUGGCGUUUCUAGUUCUCCAGUGAGGGACUCCAAUCCGCCAACUCCGUAUAGCAUUGGCUCAAGACAGCCUCCAGGAAGGUCCCCGUUAUCCCGUUCGCCUGGUGGCCAUAUUUCACCUUCUAUGAGAAGAAGAUUACGAACCGGCUAUAGGUGGCGACCCGAAGACGAAAUAAGACGACGUUAUAGGAAUCUAACUACAAAUCGCGGAACUCCACGAUAUUCUAACAGGGCGCGUCGUGAUUUUGCGCGUGCGUUAGAAAUAAGCGCUACUCGACACGUCAUUCGCGUGAGAGCUAUGCAAGUACUAUCAGUGAUGUUUAACAUGAUGAUGAUGUGUUUAGAAGAGCGAGGUCUCAGCCAAGUCAUCAUAAACAUGUUAAGGUCACUGAAAAAGGCAUUAGCUCUGACGUGUUUAAUGUUAAUGACGAACAGAAACGUAAGAUCUAACAAUAAUCCGGCAAAUCCUAAUCAACGAGUUGAAUCUCUAAAUGUUGUUCGUAUUGAAAAUGUUGAACAUCCUGGCCCCGUCAAUGUAGACGGACCCGAUGAUCCUUCUUCCCCACGAGUGCCAAAUGAUACUGAAGAAGAUCGUACGCAAAAAGUUGAUAAAAGUACUGAGCACAAACCAGAGGAAAAUAGCCCUCAACCUUCAACUUCAUAUGAAAAUAGAAUGCAAGACGAUACUGAAACGUCGCAGUCCGCUGCCCAGCAUUGGAGCAAUCGUCUUGCUGUUCAAAUCGCCGCUGCCAAUAGAAAUAAUUCUGCAACAGCUAGAAGCAGACGUGAAUUAUAUUUAGAAAGUAGAAGAUUGAAGGCCUUGCACAGGACUAAUCCUACAGCGCAUCCAAUGAUUAAAAAAAGAGCUUUGCCGCCCUCUUCAACUUACAGAAUACCUGCAUUACGUCACGUACCCACUAAAAUUAAAUCAAAAAAGGUGACAUCAAGAAAUGAACCUGCUAACGAACCAGUUGCAGGCCCUUCUAAUGCGUCUCCCCCAGCUGAAAAUCCGAACGAGGAUGCUCCUAGAUCAGAAGUUUUGAAUGAGUUUGAACACAGAGUAAACCUUAUCAGAAUUGCUCAUUUACAAGCUAUCAGACUGAGAAAUGCUGCUAGAAAUAGGUUCCGACGACUACAGACUAUUCGAUUGUACACUCCUUCGUCUGUGAGAGACAUGUUCGCUUUGCAGCCAAAUAAUUCUGAUAAUCCGCCAGAAAAUAGGUCUCCGCAAAAUGGGUCUGAAUUUAGCCGGCGGCCUUUCGCUGCGUAUCGGCCUCACAUAUUGACGCCUCGCAGCGGCGAGUCAACCAGCCGGGGCCCAGAGGAGCCGCCGGGUCAGUUCCACACGGUGCUGAACAACGUCGCCAUGCCCUUGAUGCAGGUCAACGACCUGCCGGCGAACCCUGAAGCCCCAAGCGGCCAGCAACAGAGGCUACCGCGUAUUCACGAAUACUUGCAACCCAUCAUUCUGGCUCAGAACGCGAUGCUAGUCGACGACGACGCCGGCGGUCCUGAGGGAGGCGGCGGGCCGGGUGGGCCUGGCGGCGGGCCGGGCGGGCCUGGCGGGCCAGGGGGCAUCGGGCUGGGGGGUGCGCGGCGGCUGGGCGGCAUGGCGGGUCUGCUGGACGCCGGCAUCAUAUCCGAGGCGCUGCCGGCCCCGUCCCACCGCGUGCAGGCCUGGGACUUCACUAUGGGCCGCCCUCCCCACAUUGCUGACAGUACCAAGAACGUGGUGGUUCAGAAGUGCAGGAUCCACAAUGAUGCCAGCAUUGAUAUCUCCAAAGAUGGCAGGCUGCUAGUGGCGCUUCUCCCUGUGCCGCGCCUGAGGCAUACGAAUCAUUGGCUCGGCGUAUACUCGCUAGAGUGGUCUCGGCUGGGACAGUGCCUGCACACGGCGGUGUUGGAACAGAGCGCGGUAUCAGUGGCUCUGUCGCCCACCGCGCGGCACCUCGCCGUCGGGCUCGGCUCGCGGCGCUUCUCUUCGGCGCCGCACGCGCGUAACAACGUGUUCGCGCUGCUGUACCGCCUCGACCCACUUGAGAGCUCCAGCCGCACAGGACUCUCCCCGAUCAAGGAGCUGGAGCAGAACUGGGAGCACGGCUUCACGAGCCUCAACUGCCUGCGCUGGGCGCCGCAGCCCGGCCAGGGGCUCGUCUACGCCAACAACACCGGACAACUCAUCAUCAUGAGCUAAGCCCUCAGCCAUGCCACUGCCAUCGUCCUAACUCAACCCCAAAUACAUGAAAGGACUCUACAAACAUUUUGACUCAAAAUAUUCAGGAACUACUUUUUGACGGACACAAUCCUAUAUGAAAUUAAGAUACUCAAGAUCGUUUCUUCCACGAAGACGCGCCCAAUUUUUGGUCGAGGGAAGCGCGGGUAGCGGGGAGUUUGAUCCGAACGUCAUUAUUAUAGUGUGCGUGUGCACUCAUGGAUAAUGUAGUGUACCGAUAACACUCCAACGUUAGGGGAAGAAUGGUGGGGCGCGUCUUUGUGGAUGAAACGAUCUAUGCCUUCGCAGAAAUUUUUCAAGAUGGCUUUAUCUUAUACGAUUGAUCUCAGAAAGUUCCAAUUGAUUGGCUUAUCUGAUCGAAGAUUCCGCUUCAGUGGCCAAUUUCGCUAAGUAAAUUUAUUCUGCAUGGUUUAUCUUUCAUGCAAAUAUUAGUAUUGUUGCACAAAUCGCCACUAUGUCAAUAUGAAACUAACUAAACGAGGCUAACUGACUCGCUUUUACUGCGGCCUAACAGAUUUCAUACGUGCAUUCAAGAAAAUGUAAAACAUUUCACAUCGAAUUCACAACUUCAUACCCUCUCUAUUCAUAUUUUAUACAUUAUGUAGUACCUACUUACCCAACUUUUUCAACCAGUUUAAUCAUCGUAGCAUUACACAAAUAAAAUAAUCAACUCUAAUAUUUGAACGAAAGUAAUUCUCAACCAACAUUUUAAUCACAAUUUAUGGAAGUUGAAUAUACAAGGUUUUAUCAACCUUACAUACUGAUUGUCUGAAUAAUGUGUUAAGAUAUAUUGUGAUUAAAGUUUUGGAUUAUAGUAGCCUAGUAAUAAACGACUAAUUGUUAGAAUCUACUGGUAGAUAUUUAUUAAUAAAUAUACUAUUAUAAUAUUUAAUAUUAAAUCUCUUCUAUAACUUUUCAUCAGGUCGUGUCGUAGUAAAAGAGAAUAGUAGAACAUCCUUAACAUCUAGCGUCUAGACUUUGCACUCACUAUUUGUGGGUGGUGGCUCGACGCAGCCCAACGUGUGCAGAAUGUGUUGUACUAUUUUUAUUUUACUGUAUCUAUAAAUUGAUGUUAGUCUUGAUUUUUCCUUUUCAUUUGCUCUCAUCAUGAAAUCCGUACCCUUGAAUCAUUGGGGUGAACAGCGUAAAUAUUAUUAUUAUGCUUAUUCAAUAGCAGGUGUUUUUUCAAUGACAUAACCUUCAAGGGAUCAUCCAGCUGCUAUGAGUUUUAAGUGAUAAUUGUUUUUGUUCAUAAUCAUAAUUAGUUUUUUUUUAAUAAUGUUGUUUACUACCUAUUUACAUAAUUGUUUCAAAGUUAUUAUGGGUAGACUUAUUUAUCUCUGAUAAAUUAUUUAUCAGCAUGUAUGUGUUGAGUUAGUUGCAUCUUAUAUUUUGGAUUCAAGAGAGCAUUUCCUUUGAUUUCUAUAAAUUAACUAUAUUCAUAAAAACUCCUACUUUACACAAUCUAUGUGUAUCUUUUUAUUUUCCGGAUUAGUAGUAUUUAAAUUUUUCUUGACGUAUGAAUAUUAGGUUGUCCUUAAACCUUAAUAAAAUUUAUAAGACCGUACCUAAUCAUAUUAAUUAAAUAAUGCAACUGUAACGUUUAUCUUAUUUUAGACUAGUGAAGUUUUAAAGUGUGGACACACUAUUAACUAUGUAUUUUAUCAAUAAGUCAAAGUUAUACACUUUAUUAGGUUUAAUAUUUAGCGUACAAUUACGAAAGCAACGUUCUACGUUAAUUUCAAUAGCAGUGAUGGGAUGGAUUUAUUUAAAUUGAUUUUAUUUUUGAGUUCUUCCAUUAUGUUAUCGCUACACACUCCAGUUGGGGAUACUGGUGUAUAUCUGCUAAGUAAAAUUAGGUUACUAUCAUGUUUUCAAAUAUUGUUAAUGCAAUAUCAUAGCCAUAUAAAUGUUCUGCGCUAAAAACUUAUUUAUUUUACUGUAGUUAUUAAAUCAUUGGAUUUCUAGUGUAACUAAGCUAGUGCAAAUAUGUUUAACUCAUAUUUUGUUUAAUAGACUGAUUGAUUCGACCAGGGUAUAAUAAUGGAUAGAUUUAUUUGGACCGUGUGGAACAAUCUGAAGGUUAAAAUAGGUUUUUACAUAUUUGCCUAACUGAUAACAGUCAAUUCAAAUUGAAAUCCUUUAAAAUAAUAGGGAUAAUUUUUGCUUUGAAACGUAAUUUAGCCAAUCUUGCGUUGUAUUUUUGCAAGGAUGGGCAUAAUUUUAUUGACACGAGGUAAAUGCAGGCAUACGCGGGCUACGUAUGAGGCACGGGCUGGGGAGACAUUAAAAAAGACGAGUUUAUUAUAAUAUCUAUUAGGUACCCUUUUUUGGUUUGGUUUAGUUACCCAAACCAAAAGUAAGUCCUAAUAGCAACCUGAGGGUGCUUUUGCCAAUUCACACGAUUAUAAUAAGGUUUUAUCUGUUUGACUGUAAUAAUAUGAAAACGUAUGCGUUACCCGCAACAUGAUUGUCAACUGACUGUGAAUCUCGCUAUGAUUUUCUAAUUAAAAUUGUAAUUAUUGAGUAAUCUCAAUGAUGAUAAUUAAUAGUACCCAUUUUAUUUGUUGAUCUGGACUGAAAUACUUUGUUGGACCAUGUCGAAGUCGCCCACGUAUACUAAAUGUAUUUAUUCGUCUCCUAAACCUUCGUGUCGGCUAGUUCGCCCAGUCAAAAUUAUUGAAUGCUAUGUUCGGCUGAUCAUGUAGCUUUCAUGUUUAUAAAACCUACUAAGUUUUUCGUCUUCUAAAUUGCAAGAAAGGUGUUCCGUCUAAACAUCUCUUUUUAUUUAUUUUGAAAAUUAUAAAUAACUUGAAAAAAAUCGAACUGCCUAAGGCGGGAAUUGAACCCACGAUUUCUUUUUAUUUAUUUAUCUACUUCUAUUUGUUUAAAAUGCUUAUUUAUUUAGUAGGUUUGUAAUAUGUGUCUACGUAUAUAACUUGAAGAAUUAAAUACAUAAAAACCAUAUAAAUUGUUGGAGGCCUACAUGGCCAUCACUAUUUAAUAUUUCUUUACUAAGAUUUAAUUAAAGACACGAAGAUUCUGGAAAUAGAGUUUACAGUUAGUAAUUUUUGUUGAGGACGCGGAUGAAUGAGUGUUGUGCAAAAGCACCUCAAUAUUGGAGAGAAGCUUCGAAGGAGACGUUUCUCCAUGUGCUUUAAAUGUUGUAAAGCGUAACGUAAAAACUGACACGUAUCUACCAAGCGUACCUUUUUGGUAAGGCUGUUUACAAAAUAUUACUACGAUCAAUGCCUGCUAUAAAAAUACGUCUACCUAUAAUAGUACCUAUGUGGAGCUCAGUGCAGGUUUAGUACCUUCAAGUGGAAAUGCAUUUUUAUGAAAUAAAUCAUCAAGAUUUGUUCACGAGUUGAGGAGACUUCACGACAGAACUGAAAACGUAAAACAUUUUUGAUCUUGGACAUUGAGGGUUGUUUACUGUGUCGUCUUUUAUAUUGUGGGCUAAUCACGACGCCUCCAUUUAUGUACCUUAGCAGUGCAAUAUUCAGUUAAAAAGGUUUGUAUUUAAUUCUUCUUGUUUUAGUUUUAUAUGAAAAACUAAAUGUUAAUAUUAACUUAAGCAAUAGCUGCUUGUAGGCAUCCAUAUUCAAAUUUUAUCAACG